CUGUCCCGUUGGAUAUCCACAGGAAUGGGAGUAUUCAGCUUCGCCAGGUACGAUGACAACUUCUACACCCGGAGUUAUGCCGGCAGGUUGAGGAAACGGCUUCAGCCAAAGCGCGGGGACUAUUCUGUGUUUGAGGGAUACUACACCCCACCAAUCACCAGCACCCUCCUACUACGAUCCUGCAAGACCAUGACCCAUGAGAUCGGCCACAUGUUUGGAAUAAAGCACUGCCAGUGGAUGAGCUGUGUCAUGCAGGGCUCCAACCAUCUGGAGGAAUCUGAUCGUAGGCCUUUGGAUUUCUGUCCUAUCUGUCUACGCAAAAUGCACGUCUCAGUCGGCUUUAAAUUUGCUGAAAGAUACAAGGCUUUACUGGAUUGGAUGGAGGAGAAUGGUAAUCAUAAAUCCCAACCGGAGGAGUCAUCUGCACACCGUGCUGCGCCCCACUUUCCCAAACCCACCGAGGCUUUUCAUUCAUCCAAACUCUGGCUCUGCAGGUGUUUGGAGAUCCUUGAAAAAACUGAACUAUAA